CAUUCGAACGCCAACUAGCAUUCAAGCAUGUCGCGUCCGUCUAGCUCGAGAUCUCAAGCAAAACUUAACCGUCCAGCUUCGGCUCAGAGUCGCCAAGCCUGGUCUACUGAUUCUGGUAAAGACAAUCCUAGCUUUGGAAAUGACGAUGCACCAGCACCCAUGCAAAGCGAGUUGUAUGAUCCUAAUUCGAAGGACCCGAGAGAAGAAGUUGAGCUCCAAGUUGAAGAUCCAAACACAGGUUGUGCACAAAGAUUUUCAAGAAUCGUUAGAGCUCUGUGGGCAACUAGACAAACGGAAGACACAACUUCCGAUAAGGAAAUGCACAUUAAGACAACUUUAAGAGAAUUACUGGUCUACGUAAUUUUCCUUAUCAUCUUGUGUAUUGUGACCUUCGCUAUGACCAGUCCAACUUUAUAUUAUUACACGAAAGUUAUGAGUGAAUUGUUCUUGGACUCCCAAUUUCCUGAUACUAAGAAUACUUUCCGUGGAAUGACUAGUAUGGCCGAUUUUUGGAGGUUCUCUGAAACUCCUCUUAUGGACGGUUUGUACUGGGAAAAAUGGUACAAUGGAAGAAAUGUUAGCCAGAAUGAACUUGGUUAUAUCUUCUACGAGAACAAAGUUUUAGGAGUUCCCCGACUAAGACAAUUGAAAGUUCGGAACGACUCUUGCACGGUUCACAGCGAUUUUCAAAAUGAUAUUAAACAGUGUUAUGAUGUUUAUGCUAAGAGUAUUGAAGAUAAAAAUCCUUUUGGAAAGAUGAAUGGAUCCGCAUGGACGUACAGCUCGGAAUCGCAAUUGAAAGGAAGUUCUCACUGGGGAUUGAUAAGUACUUACGGUGGUGGAGGUUAUGUUCAAAAUUUGGCAACAACUAUGGAAAAAUCCAAGAUAAUUAUUGCCGAUUUAAAGCAAAAUCUCUGGUUGGAUAGGGGAACGAGAGCCAUUUUCGUUGAUUUCACUGUCUACAAUGCCAAUAUUAAUUUAUUCUGUGUGGUUCGUUUGCUAAUUGAAUUCCCAGCAACGGGAGGAGCUAUACCAUCUUGGAAUUUUAGAACCGUAAAGCUUAUUCGUUAUGUAACUGCUGGAGAUUAUUUCGUUUUGGCUUGCGAGGCUAUUUUCUGCUUAUUCAUCUGCUAUUAUAUUGUAGAGGAAGUUCUUGAGAUCAAAAGACUAAAAUUCAGCUACUUUAAGAGUUUCUGGAACAUUUUGGACAUUCUCGUAAUAGUAAUUUCCUUUGUCUGCGUGAUAUUCAACGUUUAUAGAACGAUUAAAGUCGAUAAAAUGCUAACUGAUCUCUUGAAACAGCCUGAGGAAUAUCCUGAUUUUGAAUUUCUCAGCUAUUGGCAAGUUCAAUUUAACAGCGCAAUCGCUAUACUGGUUUUCCUUGCAUGGAUUAAAAUUUUCAAGUACAUCUCUUUCAACAAAACAAUGACCCAACUUAGUUCCACUCUGGCUAGAUGUGCUAAAGAUUUAGCUGGUUUUGCUGUUAUGUUCUUUAUUGUGUUCUUGGCUUUUGCACAAUUGGGAUAUUUAAUCUUCGGUACCCAGGUUAAAGACUUUUCGUCAUUCCCUAGUGCAAUCUUUACCCUUUUCCGUAUCAUCUUGGGUGAUUUUAACUUCCACGAAUUAGAAGCUGCAAAUAGAGUUUUGGGUCCCAUGUACUUUAUUCUCUACGUAUUCUUCGUAUUCUUUGUCCUCCUUAACAUGUUUUUGGCCAUCAUCAACGACACUUACUCGGAGGUCAAAGCAGAUGUUUCAAGUCAGCAGAACGAAUUUGAAGUUGGCGAUUACUUUAAGAAGAGUUACGACAAGAUGUUGGAUAAAUUGAACAUAAAGAGAGAUAAGAUUAUCGAUAUCCAAAAAGCAUUGAAAUCAGCUGAUAUUAAUCACGAUAAACAGCUAGAUUUCGAGGAAUGGAGACAAGAUCUAAAGACAAGAGGUUAUGCCGAAGCUGAAAUCGAAGCAGUUUUCGCUAAAUACGAUCUGGACGGAGAUAGAAUUCUUGACGAAAAUGAGCAAAAGAGAAUGCAAGCUGAUCUCGAAGGACAGAAACAGAAAUUAAGCAAGGACUUAAUGGAUGUUGAAGCAGGCGAUAGACCUAAGAGUGGUCUUGGUUCUGACAGCGACGAGGAGGAUCACGGUGCAAGAUCCACUUCAGGUGUAUCUUAUGAAGAGUUUGUCAUACUUGCGAGAAGAGUUGAUAGGAUGGAGCAUUCUAUAGGAUCGAUAGUAUCGAAAAUCGAUGCCGUUCUACUAAAACUUGAAGCAAUGGAGAGAGCAAAGACAAAAAGAAGAGAGACGAUGAGUAAGCUGCUAGAUAGUAUUAGUGAGUCUGGCGGAGAUGAUGAUAAACGAGAGCAAAUGGAGAAGCUAGUCAGGGAUGAACUUGAAAAGUGGGACUCUGACGGUAUGGGUUCUUCAGCUAGUCUACGUCAACGUCCCCCAUCCAGACCAGGAUCAAAUAUGGGAGGAGCCCCAAAUAUUGUUCUUGGUCCAGCCGAUUAUAUCCACCAAGAGCCGUCUCCCGCUCUCAAAUAUCCGAGAGGGGUAAGAAACCUGAGAAGAAAAGAAUAUUCUAAAGACGAUCCGAAAGAUGUUCUACUUCUUAAAUUCCAGAGGGAAAUAGAAGAUUUACGAAAGAAAUUACAAGAAGAUAGCGAAGAGUCAGGGGAUGAAUCGGGUUUCUGUUGCGAGAAAGAAUCCGAAGAGGAGACAAACAAUUUGUUAUCACCUCAUCACGAUAACGAGCUCCCACUAGAACAUCGAAUUGAAACAAUUAGGAUGAUAAAUAAAAGUAGGGAGAAAGGUCCUAGAAGUAAGUUAAGAAUUGAGAAUGUUCUUGUUGAAAAACAAAUGGAAUUAAGGCAAGCAGAGAAAGAGAAAGCUAUGAUUAAGAAUAAGCUACUGCAAAUUGAAAAGAAGAUAAUUGUGGAGGGUGAAAAUCUUUUACAAAAGGCCGAAGAACAAGAAAGAUUAUUAGAAGAAAGCACAAAGGAAUUGGAUAGAGGUACCUUCAAGCAAAUAGAACUUCGUAAGCAGCUUGAAAAGAAAGAGACAUAUACUGAAAUAAAUGUUGUUUUCCAGCAAGAAAAGUUGGAUAUUGAAGAAAAAUAUUCAAAUCUUCAGGAAGAAGCUUCAGGAAAGACAGCUAAAUUAAACAAAAUAUGGGCCAUGUUAAUUCAAGCUAAAACAGAACAUGCCGAAAUUCAAUUAGAACAUCAAAAAGAAAUGGAAAGACUAUUAGAUAAUCUACGAAAUCUAAACAAGGAACUACGUUUACAAAUGCUAAUUAUUGACAAUUUUAUACCUUUGGAAUAUCAGGAAAUAAUUGAACAACAGAUGGACUGGGACGAUGCUUUAGGCGAAUGGCAGCUGAAGUGUAUUGCUUACACUGGAAAUAAUAUGAAGAAGACUUCGCUAAUUUCUGUUAAAGAUAACAAAAAUACCCUAGAUAUAGGUUUAUCAAAUAUUUAG